AUGAAUAUUUUUAGUUUGCCAGCAACUGAAAAAGAAGCUGUUGAUUUUUUGAUGGAGCAUGGAAUUCUUCCGAAAAGAAGAAUCUGUCCAAACGGACAUCAAAUGAAGCUAUAUAUGGGUCAAAGAAAUCAAUGGAAUUGCAACAAAAGACCAUGCCUUAAAAAAAUAGGACUGAAGCAUGGCACUUGGUUUACUGAUUUGAAACUAGAUUUCGUCAUAGCAGUACGCUUCAUAUACUGCUGGAGCAAAGAACUAGUUUCGAUCAAAUUUUGUGAGGAGGAACUAGGGAUGAGCCACGACACUACCGUAAAGUGGUGUAAUUACAUGAGGGAGGUGUGCGCGGCUUCUUUGGAAAGAGAGAAUUCUGGGAAGAUUGGAGGAGAAGGAAGGAUAGUGGAGGUGGAUGAAUCCUUGUUUACAAGAAGGAAGAACCAUGCAGGGAGAGUUCUACCACGGAUAUGGAUUCUUGGAGGUAUUUGCAGAGAAACGGGGGAAUCUUUCUUAAAGACCGUUCCAGACCGUGGGGUGCAAACCCUCAUGAAAAUAAUUAAGGAUAAUGUGGCUGAGGGAAGCACAAUUUACACAGAUAGCUGGAAGUCUUACAGAACAAGUGAACUCGAAGCUCAGGGAUUCACUCACUUCAAAGUGAAUCACAAAUACCACUUUGUGGAUCCUGAGUCUGGAGCUCACACCCAGACUAUUGAAAGGAUGUGGGGGAGCGCCAAAUGGAGGAACAAGAAGCAGAGAGGUACUUCUAGAAAUAUGCUAGACAGUUACCUCGCUGAAUUCAUGUGGAGGCAGAGAAAUAAGGAAGAGAAUCCAUUCCUCCAAAUCUUACGUGAUAUAGCGACCUUCUGGCCGCCGGAAGAAAACACGUAA